UAUUUGGGUGAGUUAAUCGGAAAAGAAAACAAUACACCAAUACCCUUCCCUGUCGCGUGCCCUUGUAUCACUGUUACUGCGCCUCGUUUCGUUUCUACUAGCGACUCCGUGGAAGGAGUGAAAACCAAAGCCAGGUGAUGUAUUUGCCCUUCAGUGAAGUCACUAUUUCUGAUUCUGCUCAAUUGGGAUUGGGAGGAAGGACUCGCAUUAUCUGACCGUGGAUUUCCUCUUUUAGCUUCUCCUCACUCUCUUUUUGGGAAGUCUGAUGCAAGGAUGAGUUCAUUCUCCAUCACACGGAAAAAAACGCCAUUCCAGAAGCAUAGAGAAGAAGAGGAGGCAAAGAAGAAGAGAGCCGAGGAUGAGACUGCUCGCUUGUAUGCUGAGUUUGUAGAGUCAUUUCAAGGAGACACUACUCCGGGGUCAAAAACUUUUGUUCGAGGAGGAACAAUUAAUCCCAAUGAUAGAUUUAAAGAUGAUUCUGAGGGUGAAAAGUCCAAAGAUGGGGUAUCUGUUCCAAAGAAGGGAAGUAGGUAUGUACCAUCUUUUAUUCCACCUCCAAUGGCAACCAAGGGGAAAGAAUCUGAAAGGAAAAAAGAGGAGGAAAAGCCAAAGGAGAAAGAGAAAGGGAAGUCAAGAAAUAUUGAUCAUUUUAUGGAGGAGCUAAAGCAUGAGCAAGAGAUGAGGGAGAGGCGAAAUCAAGAACGUGAGCAUUGGCGUGACGGUCGUCAUGCAGAACAUUCUGCUCAGCCCAGUCGCUUUGAUGAGCUGCCUGAUGACUUUGACCCUAGUGGAAAACUUCCAGGAUCAUUUGAUGAUGGUGAUCCUCAGACUACAAAUCUUUAUGUUGGAAAUCUCUCACCCAAGGUUGAUGAAAAUUUUCUUCUCCGUACUUUUGGAAGAUUUGGACCUAUUGCUAGUGUGAAGAUUAUGUGGCCAAGGACAGAGGAGGAGCGAAGGCGGCAAAGGAACUGUGGCUUUGUAGCUUUCAUGAACAGGGCCGAUGGACAGGCAGCAAAAGACGAGAUGCAAGGAGUUGUGGUUUAUGAAUAUGAAUUGAAAAUUGGAUGGGGAAGGUCUGUUGCCCUACCAUCGCAAGCACUACCUGCACCUCCACCAGGGCAUAUGGCUAUUAGGAGUAAGGAGGGUAGUACUGUGAUAUUGUCUGGUCCUUCAGGUCCACCAUUAACAUCCGUGCCUAAUCAGAAUUCUGAGCUGGUUCUGACUCCUAAUGUUCCUGAUAUAAUGGUUACACCUCCUGAGGAUGAACAUUUAAGGCAUGUAAUUGAUACAAUGGCUUUGUAUGUCCUGGAUGGAGGAUGUGCUUUUGAACAGGCUAUCAUGGAGAGGGGUCGUGGCAAUCCUCUUUUCAACUUCUUGUUUGUCCUAGGCUCAAAGGAACAUACCUACUACGUUUGGAGACUCUACUCAUUUGCCCAGGGUGAUACCCUUCAAAGAUGGAGGACCGAACCUUUUAUCAUGAUAACGGGUAGCGGAAGAUGGAUUCCUCCCUCAUUACCAACGUCAAAAAGUCCAGAACAUGAAAAGGAGUCUGGUUCCACACAUGCUGGAGGAAGAAGCAGGCGUGUUGAGCCAGAAAGAACACUGACUGAUGCACAGAGGGAUGAAUUUGAGGAUAUGCUGCGUGCUUUAACUCUAGAGAGGAGCCAAAUAAAAGAGGCUAUGGGGUUUUCUUUAGAUAAUGCUGAUGCAGCUGGGGAGAUAGUUGAAGUCUUGACUGAAUCCUUGACACUUAAAGAAACCCCCAUUCCUACUAAAAUUGCAAGGCUUAUGCUUGUCUCUGAUAUUCUUCAUAAUAGUAGUGCUCCUGUAAGAAAUGCAUCAGCAUAUCGCACCAAGUUUGAAGCAACAUUACCGGACAUAAUGGAGAGUUUUAAUGACUUGUACCGUAGCAUAAUGGGGCGUAUUACUGCUGAAGCCCUAAAGGAACGUGUGCUGAAAGUUUUGCAAGUUUGGGCAGACUGGUUUCUAUUUUCAGAUUCUUAUGUGAAUGGCUUAAGAGCUACUUUUCUUCGACCUGGGAACUCUGGUGUAAUUCCAUUCCAUUCUAUAUGUGGCGAUGCACCUGAGAUUGAACAGAAGACCACUUCUGAAGAUAUAGUUGUUGGUGGCAAGACCAACCAAGAUGCGGCAUUGGCAAUGGGUCGAGGGGCUGCAAUGAAGGAGCUAAUGAGUCUUCCUAUUGCUGAGCUGGAAAGAAGAUGCCGACACAAUGGAUUGUCACUUGUUGGUGGUAGAGAAAUGAUGGUUGCACGGUUGUUAAGUCUUGAAGAGGCAGAAAAGCAGAGAGGUUAUGAACUAGAUGAUGAACUGAAAUAUGCCCACAACCAAGUGAGUUCUGGGAAGUAUUCAAGUAAUCGGCAAGAAACAAGUGCAGAGCCUGAACCAGUAGGACUUUCUUCAUGGAACCACUAUGGAGAUGAAGAUUUGCCGUCACAGAGCAGAAGUUCUGUAUCUUUAGCUUCUACACUUCCUAUUCAACAACCUGAACUUAAGGCAUUCACAAAAAAGGAAAAGAGUGAUCCAGUUCUUCCAGCCUCAAAAUGGGCUCGGGAGGAUGAUGAGAGUGACGAUGAACAAAGGAGAGGUGGAAAAAAUCUCGGCUUAAGUUACUCAUCUUCUGGUAGUGAUAAUGUGGAUGAUGGUCUUAUUAAAGCUGAUGAAUCAGAGUCUGCAGCUGGUACAAGUUUUCCAGCUCAUGCUGACAGUGGAAUGAAUGAAGAGCAGAGGCAAAAGCUAAGACGCUUGGAGGUUGCUUUAAUUGAAUACCGUGAAUCUCUUGAAGAAAGGGGAAUUAAAAAUUUGGAGGAAAUUGACAAGAAAGUGGAGUCACAUCGAAAACGGCUGCAAGCAGAAUAUGGAUUAUCAGAUUCUGGUGAAGAUGGUAAAAGUAAUAGAAGAACUACAGAGAAGAGGGAUAGGCAUGAUGUCUCAAGGAAACGGCACCGAAGCCGAAGUCCAAGUGAUAGUCCACAACCAAAAUUAUCUGGAAAAGACAAGGACAGGGAACAUGAUUUAGAAAGGGAUCGAGACAGACAAAAGGAAAGAAGUUAUGAUUUUGAUAUUGAAAGAGGAAAGGACCGACACCGGGAAAAGAGUGGAAGCAGAGAGAGGGACGAUCAUGAUAAGGAUAGAAGCAGGGAUAGGGACAGAGACAGAAGAAGACGGACCAAAUAAGAACAUUUCAGGUGUUUCAACACUGAGAUAUGUUACCUUACUGAUUUGCAGAUUGCAGUCUGGAGGACAGUUGGCUUUUUGUCAUCGUAGGGGGAUAUAUUGGCAAUGUGAUUAGUACCUGCAGGAAGAUAGGGAUGAAACGUCUGUCAGGAAAUUGUUAUCGUAGACAAUCUGUUGAAGUGCCAAGUGGUAACUGGCUCUUGAUACCCCCAUAUUUUUAACAAUGUAAUUUAAGACUUCAAAUCUUUAAUUUUGCCCGUGAAUUGCUGCUGCACAAUGCAUAUUAGAUCAAGAGGGUUCUGUUUAUACUAAUUGAGAGUUAACUGGGAGAUUCGGCUGAUUAUGUGUUUGUACUGCGUGUUGGGUAAGUUGUAGUUUUAAACAUUACUGCGUAAUGGCACAUGUUAGUAACGUGGACGAAAUUUGAAUUUCCACAAUUGUUAUUUGAUAAAA